AUGGAUGCUGGACCUGUCGAUGUCAAUGCCCGUCAGGCCCCUAAGUUUCCCCCAGGCUUGGGUCCCUUCCCCGGCUUUGACCCUAUCAGCCCAACCCCACAGGAAAACGCCCAGCCCGAACAGGGUAUCAAAGAGAGGCCGCCCGGCUCAAAGCUAUAUUCAAUUGCGCCAUUCACUCCUCCGCAUCAAAUCAUAAACAUGGAGGAUUGUUUAUAUUAUGACUCGUCAAGCCACGGCGAUUCCGAUCUGUCAUCAAACGGGGAUGCAGAUACAGCCGCGGAACGGGCUGCGCGGGCAAAGAAUGAGUAUAUGCUAAAUGGGCAAGACUACCGCGCGACCCACCUCCGCUGGUUUGACAUGGAGACAAGCACGGCGUACUUGGAACCACUUUCACCACAUCCAUUCAAAGGUUUUGCAAACCGGACUUGCCCAAAUACACCGUCUGUCAGGAGCGAUGGCUUUGAUGAGGACUUUUUGGAAGAGAUUCGCCGGAGCCCCACUGCCUGCAAGGAUGAGCACGGUGUCCCCAUCGUUUUCGACGAUGUUUGUUGGCGGAACUGGAGCUUUGACACCGCGAUGGUUGCGGAGACGAGCGCGCUGAAGCUGUCGGCAGAGACAGUGAAGGAGAUAUCCUCCCAUACGCUGUGGAAACCCGAGUGCAUGGCAGCAAACACCGCUGCGAGUGCAAAGGACCGGAGCGAGUGUGAUCACCUGGGAGAGGUAAGCGGUUCUGCGGUUUGGUAUCCUGAGACAGGAUUAAGAAUGGGCAUUUCCUACUGCCGUCUAUCUAGGAAGGAUAUUGAUGGAUCUGGUGCAUGA